GCACACUCAAAAAAAAAGCACGAAGGACAAGCCAACGGUGGUAGUGACCACAUAACAGCUCACGGAAGGCUAGCUCACUGGACGGUACAUAAAAGAUAAUCAACAGAUACAAAUGUCUGACAGAAUGAUGGACGAGGAACCAGUGAUAGUAACUCAGACAGGCCCAAAAGGUGUCAUCAAUGACUGGCGUAAAUUUAAAUUGGAGAGCAUGGACCAGGAGGUUCUUCCUCCCAGCAAGAGAGAGCUGCUAAGACAGAUGUCGUCCCCUCAGAAACCAAAAGACACUUGUGUGGGUGGAUUGAAUCGCAAGAUGAGUGCACAGGAGUAUGAGUUAAUAAAGGAAGAUGAUGAAAAAAGUCUGCGUAAGUACCGUAAGCAAUGCAUGCAGGAGAUGCACGAGCAUCUGAGCUUCGGGCCCAAAUUCGAGACUGUGUAUGACCUCGACAGUGGCGAGGCCUUUCUAGAUGUCAUUGAGAAGGAGCACCGGCUCACCGUGGUGGUGGUGCACAUCUACAAAGAUGGAGUGAAGGGGUGCGAUGCACUUAACAGCUGCAUGGAUUGCUUGGCCUCUGAAUAUAACACUGUUAAAUUCUGCCGCAUUCCGGCAGCCGCCACCGGAGCUGGCGAGCGUUUCUCAGAUGACGUUCUGCCUACCUUGUUGGUGUACAAGGCUGGAGAGCUGCUGGGGAACUUCCUGGCUGUUACGCAGCAUUUCAACGAGGAGUUCUUUGCUACUGAUGUAGAGGUCUUCCUCAAUGAAUAUGGACUGCUGCCAGUGAAGGAGUGUGGCGCUGGAGCUGAGGAGGAUGAAGCAGAUGUGGAGUGAUGAAAGAUGGCUGAAAGUAAGAAUGGGAGGAAUCUGACAAGAAUAAGUUUCAUUAUUCUUCAGUUAGCAUGAUGAGAUGCUUGCGUUUGCACGCACAGCUCAACGUAAAGAUCUCUCUGAGCAUUGUAGAGAAAACCAUAAAUGUUUUAUAAGUUGUUAAAGCAAUAUUCCAACAAUGGAAUUAAGUCAAGAAAGAUGAUGACAUAUUAAUUAAACUAUCAUGUUUCCUCUUAUAACUGCAGACUGUAAAAAUGAAUAUGCUUUAUCUAAUCAAAAAAUUGUGGCAACAGAUUAGAAGCAAAAUUAUUAUUUAAAU